CGCGGCAUACCGGAGCAGCACGGGGUGUGAUGGCUACGAGCCAGAGCGAGAGCGCAGGGCGGAAAGGGGGUGGACUGGUGGUGCCAGGGGCAGAGGGAGGAGGCGAAGGCAGGCUCCGGAGCAGGGCAAGGAGCAUGCGGACACAGGGACGGGCUGGCGGACGGGCAGAGGUGCGUGCGGCGCGGAGAAGGGUGGUCUCGCAUCAAGAGAGGGAGUCCGAGGUCCUUGUCGGGCCGGCGGCCUUUCCGGCGUCGGGCGGAGACUCGCUGCGGCUGGUGCUCGAGGCAGCAGCGAUGGAGCGCGACGGGGUGUUUGGGAUCCGGGCAGCCGGCGAGGCGACGGGUGAUCUGGCGGUGUCUGGUGGGCGGCGGUGCACGCUGCGCGGGCCGGGAAGCGCAGUGCAUGCGGCGGCUGAGGCCGGCGAUGUGAAUGCACUGAAGCAGGCGGUGCGCGAGGCUGCGCGCGGCGGGGCGUGCGCGUCGUGCGGCGGUGAUGGGUGUGCUGUGUGGGUCGACGCCGGUGACGAGGCUGGGCGGUCGCCGCUGAUGCUUGCGGUGCUCGGCGGGCACUCGAGCGUGGCGCUGGCACUGUUCGAGGCCGGAGCGGACAUCGACAUGGUUCUUCUCGCGCACCCGGAUCGUGAGCGCGUGGCGGCAGCGCUGGACCAGCGGACUUGGCAUGGACGGCUGACGCCGCUGGCGCUUGCAGUCCUUGGCGGGCACACCGAGUGCGUGAAGCGGCUGGUCGCUGAUGGGCGGUCGAAUAUGCAGGCGACAACAUCGACAGGCGCAUCGCUCUUGCAUGUGGCGGUCCUUUCCGGCAACGUCGGCGUUCUGGACGUCAUCAUGAAGGCUGACGACGUGCCGCGCGACUCGGUCGCCGCCAACGGACUCACUGCCCUGCAGAUGCUCCACGCGCGGUACAUCGAGACCGUGGCUGCGGCUGCGGCUGCGGCUGCGGCCGGGCGGGCUGAAGUGGAGCAUGUGCGGGGAAAGCUGAAGGCGGCGGAGGCCGAGUUUGGGCUUGCCAAGACCGCCUUUGAAGUGGAACGACAUCAGAUCCAAGCUGCAGCUAUGGCAGCUGCUGAAGCUGCAGCUGAUGAGUUUGAGCACGCCAAGGCCAAGGUCGAGUUGGAGCUGAAGGACCUGCGCGAUGAGCUGGGCCAGGCCAAAGAUGAGGCGAUCGCCGCCACUGAAAAGGCUACUGCUGCCGAGGCCGAGCUGGGCCAGGUCCGCGAUGAGCUGGGCCGGGUCAAGGCUGAGGCGGCCGCCGCCACUGAAAAGGCUACUGCUGCCGAGGCCGAGCUGGGCCGGGUCAAGGCUGAGGCAGCCGCCGCCGCUGAAAAGGCUACGACUGCCGAAGCCGAGCUCUCAGCACUUCGCGAUCAGCUGGAGCACGCCAAAGCCGCAGCUGCCGUGGCCGUAUCAGAAGCCGAGUCCGAGCCGAAUCGCGCCAAGAGCGACGGUGACGCCAUGGCUGUGCAGCUGGCCACACUUCAGGCAGAGCUGUGGCGCACGGCGGAUGGUGACGAUGCUGCUGCUGCCGCCGCGGCUGAGAUUGCUCGCCUGAAGGCUGAAGCUGCCGAUACAACCUCGACGCUGGCCGCCACUCAGGCUGAGCUCGGCGCCCUGCAUGGCGAACUGGCCCGCAUUGAGGCUGAACAUGUCGCCGAGCUCGCGGCGGCGGCCGAUGUUAUGGCCGAGCAGGAUGUGGCCGCAGAGGUUGUUGCCGCAACUCUCAAUGCAAAGCUAGCUGCAGCGCUGGAAAAGGCGGCUUCCCUCAAGGAUGAGGUUGCGGCGCUCAAGGGCGCCCGCGAUGCUGCUUCCGAGUCCGCCGUCGAAGAGCUGACCCAGAUGCGCGACGCAUAUCACUGCGCCCUCAGCCGUGAGGCUAAGAUCCAAGACGCCCACGAUUCAUUUGUGGCCGAGGCAACUGAUGCCGCCCGCCGCGCCGCCGAAGGCGCCACCGUCGCCCUCCAUGACGCCCGCACCGAAGCUACCGUGCUGGAGAUGGCGCUCCAGCGCGUCGCGCCCGCCGCCGCCGAAACCGUAGCUGCCCUCUGGUCCGUCCACUCGACCCAUCUCGAGCCCGACCGGUGGCGCGCCCUACUUGAUGCCUCCCUUGCCGCUGACUCGGCCUGGGUGCCAGACUCGGCAGUCUCGGCCUGCCAACUCUGCAACCAGCCGUUCGGCCUCUUCCGCCGCCGCCACCAUUGCCGAGUCUGCCUGGACAUCUUCUGCGCCACCUGCUCCUCGCACACCAUCGUCCGCACCAUCAAGGGCGAGCCGACGCCGCUUCGCUGCUGCGAUGCCUGCCUCCCUCCACCAGCAGCUUUGCACUGAGCAGCAAAUAGCAACCG